AUGGAUGGAUUCCAGGCCACAUCCUCGACCGCAGCAGCGGUCACAUUCAUCACAUUCGUCCAGGACCUCAAGCGGAAGACCAAGGAAUGGGAGGACAUGGUCAGCCUCUGUGCUAGUGGAGAGAAGACGCUGGAGCGGUUUCGAUACAACUUCGGAGAUGAUUGGCUGUAUGCGGAUCAACUGCGAGGGGAAUGGAGCGCAUAUAACGAGAUUCUGAAGAGAAAGAAUGAUGCGAUUCAGGAACAGCUCGCUGGUCUUCAGUUGAAGAUUGUCGCCGAAGACAAUAUUGUUGAGAAGCGCAUCGGUGAUGCUAUCGAAGAAUGGGAGCAGAUCCGACCUGUUCAAGGCAGCGUCAAAGCCGAGACCGCACUCAAUACGAUCAACGCAUUCGAGGUGAAGCUGACGAAGGUUAAAGACGAUUAUGACCUUGUCUGCCGUGCGAAGGAAGCUCUUGACCUUGAGCUCACUCGUCACAAUCGCCUUGAUCCCAUCUUCGAGGAGCUGCGUGAUCUCAAGGGCGUAUGGACCGCCCUGUCUGGUAUCUGGUCCCAAAUCGCCGACUUGCGCGAUACUCCCUGGUCCAGCAUCAUCCCCCGAAAGCUUCGUCAGUCUCUUGAUGGUCUUCUCACAAGCACGAAGGAUAUGCCCAAUCGCAUGAGACAGUAUGCAGCCUUCGAGUUUGUUCAAGAUACGCUUAGGGGCCAUGUCCGUAACAACCCUAUGGUUGGGGAGCUGAAGAGCGAAGCGCUGAGGGAGCGCCAUUGGAAGUUGAUGUUCAAGAAUCUCAAAGUUCAAUCUUACUCUCUUACAACGAUCACACUCGGACAAGUAUACGAUCUCGACUUGAAACGAAACGAAAACGUCAUUAAAGAUGUUAUCAUCCAAGCCCAAGGAGAAAUGGCUCUUGAAGAGUAUCUUCGCCAAGUUCGCGAGACAUGGAGUCAAUAUCCUCUCGACUUAACACCAUAUCAAGGAAAGUGUCGCCUGAUUCGCGCAUGGGACGACCUGUUCUCCAAGUGCAGCGAAAAUUUGAACUCCCUCGUCGCAAUGAAGCUCUCGCCGUAUUACAAGGUGUUCGAAGAAGAAGCAGCUGGAUGGGAAGAAAAGCUCAAUCGUGUUCACGUUCUCUUUGAUGUGUGGAUUGAUGUUCAACGACAAUGGGUAUACCUCGAGGGCAUCUUCUCAAACAGCGUCGAUAUAAAGCACUUGCUUCCUGUCGAGAGCGCUCGAUUCCAGAAUAUCAACACCGAGUUCUUGAGCGUGAUGAAGAAAGUUUACAAGGCGCCGUACGUUAUGGACGUUCUCAACAUUGCAGGCAUUCAGAAGAGCAUGGAGCGUCUCGCCGAUCUGCUUACGAAAAUCCAGAAGGCGCUUGGUGAAUAUCUGGAACGGGAGCGUGCAUCAUUCCCUCGAUUCUACUUCGUUGGUGACGAAGAUCUGCUCGAGAUCAUCGGCAAUAGCAAGGAUAUUCUUCGUAUCAUGAAACAUCUGAAGAAGAUGUUUGCCGGUAUUGCAACUAUUCUACUUGAUGAAGAUCUCACCCAGAUCUAUGGAAUGGCUUCCAGAGAAGGGGAAGAGAUCUUGUUCCCCCUUCCUGUCAUUCUCAAAGACUAUCCCAAGAUCAACGACUGGCUUGCCAAGCUCGAGGCACAGAUGCGGCUCUCUCUUGCCGAGCUGCUCAGUGAAGCUGUCAGUGAGUUGCAGGGGUUUUAUGGUGUGGAAACCGACCUCGACAGAAACGCGUUUCUUCAGUGGAUCGACAAGUACCCUGCUCAGCUGGUCACAUUGGCCGUGCAAGUGGCCUGGACGGUGUCUGUCGAGACGGAACUUAGCAAUGGAAGGACCCCAUCUGGUCCUUUGGCGACCACCGAGCAGGGAUUGGAUCUCCUCGCUGACAUCGUCUUGACGGACCUGAGCGCAAUCACUCGCCGAAAGUGCGAACACCUCAUCACUGAGCUUGUCCAUCACAGAGAUGCAACUCGUAUUUUGGUCAACAAUCGCGUAUCAGAUCCUUCGUCAUUUGAUUGGCUCUAUCAAAUGCGCUUUUAUCUCGAUCUUUCAGUCAGCGACCCUCUGGACCGAUUGAAAGUCCGCGUGGCCGACGCAAUGUUUCCGUACGGCUGGGAGUACCUUGGUGUCCCGGACCGGCUAGUCCAGACACCGCUGACGGACCGGUGUUACCUCACUCUAACACAGGCCCUUGAUCGUCAACUUGGUGGAUCUCCCUUCGGUCCUGCCGGAACUGGCAAAACAGAGUCUGUCAAAGCCCUCGGUGUGCAACUGGGUAGAUUUGUCCUGGUCUUCUGUUGCGACGAGACAUUCGAUUUCCAGGCGAUGGGUCGUAUUUUCGUCGGCCUGUGUCAGGUCGGCGCCUGGGGUUGCUUUGACGAAUUCAAUCGCUUGGAAGAGCGUAUCCUCAGCGCAGUAUCACAGCAAGUCCAGACCAUCCAGCAAGGCUUAGCAGAUGUCGUGAAAAAUCCUUCUCUCGAGAUUGAAUUGGUAGGCAAGAAUGUUAAACUCAAUCCGAACAUGGGUAUUUUUAUCACCAGUAAUCCGACGUAUGCAGGUCGCUCACAACUGCCGCCGAACUUGACCAAGCUGUUCAGGCCAAUGGCGAUGAGUCGCCCAGACAGGGAGCUCAUUGCUCAAGUCAUGUUGUUCUCUCAAGGUUUCCGCACCGCAGAAGGUCUCGCUUCCAAAAUUGUCCCGUUCUUCAAUUUGUGUGAGGAACAGUUGUCGCCCCAAGCUCACUACGACUUCGGUCUGCGGGCAUUGAAGGCAGUGCUCUCCAGCGCUGGCAUUCUCAAGCGAGAGAGGCUGCAAGUGAACGGGAGAUCAGAAGUCGCAGAUGAGACAUCUAAUGGGUACAGUGAACAGUUGAUUCUCAUCCAAAGUGUCACGGAGACAAUUGUACCAAAACUCGUGGCGGAUGACGUUCCUUUGUUGACAAGCCUGCUGUCAGACGUCUUUCCAGGUAUCGACUACGUACCUGUCGACCUCGAUGUUCUGAAAGGCCAUAUUCUGGACGUCAGUCGGGAACGUCAUCUCGUUCCUGGUGAGCGCUGGAUUGCCAAAAUUCUGCAAUUAUACCAGAUCCAGAAGAUCCAACACGGCUUGAUGAUGGUUGGUCCAUCUGGAACCGGGAAGACAAACGCGUGGAGUAUUCUCCUUGCGGCGUUGGAACGCUUCGAUGGCACUGAGGGUGUUUCUUACAUCAUUGAUCCCAAGGCUAUUCAUAAGGAUGCGUUAUAUGGCACGCUCGAUCCCACCACUCGUGAAUGGACUGAUGGACUUUUCACGCAUAUUCUUCGGAAAAUUGUUGACGACGUUCGUGGAGAGAGCUCCAAGAGACACUGGAUUAUAUUCGACGGCGACGUGGAUCCCGAAUGGGUCGAGAACCUCAAUAGUGUUCUUGAUGAUAAUAAGCUGCUCACGCUGCCCAACGGAGAGCGACUCAAUCUUCCGCCAAAUGUCCGAAUAAUGUUUGAAGUUGAGCAUCUGAAGUACGCGACACCGGCAACUGUCAGUCGAUGCGGUAUGAUCUGGUUCAGCGACGACAUCGUGGACAUACCUAUGAUGUGUCAACAUUACCUGGAUACCCUCCUGCACACCGGUCUCGAUGCGGAUGAAGAAGAUACCGACGUUGCCCGAGCAUUAUCCACCUCUGCAGAAAGAUCCUCUGUCCUUGCUACUCAACGAAGCGUGGUCGCUGUCUUGGAGCCGUUCUUUGCAUCAGAUGGUCUGAUUCAAGCAUCUCUACUGCAGGCAGAGACUUACGAGCAUAUUAUGGACUUCACACACAUUCGAGCUCUUAAUACGCUUUUCUCCCUGCUCAACAAGACCAUUCGAAAUAUUGCCGAAUACAACAUCCAACAUUCUGAUUUCCCUUUGUCAGUGGAACGGAUGGAACAAUAUGUAUCCAAGCGUCUUCUAAUUGCGCUCAUAUGGGCAUUCUCUGGUGACUGCAAGCUGGAUUCCAGGGCCGAUAUGGGUGGAUUCCUUCGAACUCAGACCGGUAUUGACAUGCCAGCGUUCCUACCUGGCACAUCCCUCAUCGACUACGAUGUCAUUGUCUCUUCUGGGGAGUGGAUUCCGUGGCAAAGCCGAGUUCCAACUGUCGAGCUUGAUUCUCAUGCCAUCACCCAGUCAGAUGCUGUUGUGCCCACGGUGGAUACAGUUCGCCAUGAAGAGAUUUUGUAUUCUUGGUUGUCGGAACACAAACCUUUGCUGCUAUGCGGUCCUCCCGGAUCGGGCAAGACGAUGACACUCUUUAGUGCUCUCCGAAAGGCCACGAAUCUCGAAGUGAUUGGGCUCAACUUCUCAAGUGCUACAACACCAGAGCUUGUUCUAAAAACGCUCGACCAAUAUUGCGAGUAUAGGAAAACGCCCAAUGGUGUUGUGCUUUCACCCGUUCAAAUCGGUCGAUGGCUUGUUAUCUUCUGCGACGAAAUCAACCUACCUGCGCAAGACAAAUACGGCACUCAAAGGGUCAUCUCAUUCCUUCGACAGCUGGUCGAACAGAAUGGUUUUUACAGGACCUCUGAUAUGGCGUUCGUCAAGCUGGAGCGUAUACAGUUCGUAGGAGCCUGUAACCCCCCGACAGACCCUGGACGCGUUCCUCUGACGCAGCGUUUCUUGCGCCACGCUCCGCUCGUCAUGGUGGACUAUCCGGGAGAAAUGUCUCUCAAGCAGAUCUACGGCACCUACAACAGAGCUCUGCUCAAAACCCAGGCAAAUCUCCGGGCCUACGCUGAACCAUUGACCGAUGCUAUGGUUGAUUUCUACCUCUCUUCUCAGAAGCGCUUCACCACCGAUAUCCAAGUCCAUUACGUUUACAGCCCUCGUGAACUCACUCGGUGGUGCCGUGGCGUGUAUGAAGCCAUUCGUCCCUUGGAAUCACUAUCCGUGGAGGGCCUUGUCCGCGUCUGGGGUCACGAAGCACUUCGACUAUUCCAGGACCGGUUGGUUUCAGAGGAUGAGAAAAUGUGGACAGAUGAACGCAUUGAUACUACCGGGCUCACCCACUUCCCCAACAUCAACCGUACGGAAGCACUGGCACGUCCAAUUCUCUUCUCCAACUGGACCUCUCGGCACUAUGUGCCUGUUGACCGCGACCAGCUCCGCGAGUACACCAAGGCACGUCUGCGUGUCUUCCAUGAAGAAGAGCUCGACGUUCCUUUGGUCUUAUUCAAUGAUGUCUUGGACCAUGUUCUUCGAAUCGACAGAGUGUUCCGUCAAGUUCAGGGCCACCUACUCCUUAUCGGAGUCAGUGGAAGCGGAAAGACCACUUUGUCACGCUUUGUUGCCUGGAUGAACGGCCUUAGCAUCUUCCAAAUCAAGGUCUCCAAUAAGUACACCGGUGCCGACUUUGAUGAGGACCUGCGAACUGUUCUUCGAAGGGCAGGUUGCAAGGGAGAAAAGAUCUGCUUCAUUAUGGACGAGUCAAAUGCGUUGGACUCGGGUUUCCUGGAGCGACUCAAUACAUUGUUAGCUAAUGCAGAAGUUCCCGGUCUCUUCGAAGGGGACGAGUACUCAGCCCUGAUGACAGCAUGCAAAGAAGGCACUCAGCGUGACGGUCUGAUGCUAGACUCUAACGAAGAACUUUACCGCUGGUUCACUUCUCAAGUCGCUCGCAAUUUGCAUGUUGUUUUCACAAUGAAUCCACCGCAGAACGGACUGGCCUCCCGCGCAGCAACAUCUCCAGCGUUGUUCAAUCGUUGCGUGUUGGAUUGGUUUGGCGACUGGUCCGAUCAGGCAUUGUUCCAAGUCGGCAUGGAAUUCACGAACACGCUGGAUCUCGAUAUUGCAUCGUACGCGGCACCUCUAAACUUCCCAAUCGCUUACCGACAGAUUUCACUCCCACCAUCGCAUCGCUCCGCCGUCGUGAACGGCUUUGUUCAUGUGCACCAAUCUCUCAAGGAGUUGAGUGCGAAGCUUAGCCGUCGGCAAGGUCGCUACAAUCACGUAACUCCACGACACUAUCUUGAUUUUAUUAAUCAUUACGUACGCCUGCACGGAGAAAAAAGGGAAGAGUUAGAAGAGCAGCAACGCCAUCUCCAUGUUGGGCUCGAUAAACUUCGCGACACGGUGACGCAGGUAGAAGAGCUGCGGAAGAGUUUAGCCAUUAAGCGAACCCAACUCGCUGAAAAAGAUGCCCAAGCCAAUGAAAAACUGCGCCAGAUGGUUGACGAUCAACGCGUAGCAGAAGAGCGGAAAGCUGAGUCUGUCCGAAUUCAACAAGAAAUCCAUAGGCAGGAGCGGUAUAUCCAGGAACAGCGGAAGAAAGUCAUGGCCGACCUGGCCGGUGCAGAACCAGCCGUGCAAGAAGCUCAAGAAUCCGUCACACAGAUCAAGCGUCAGCAGCUUACUGAAGUUCGAUCAAUGACAAACCCCCCCGAAACGGUGAAACUUGCCAUGGAGUCAGUUUGCACAUUGCUGGGUCACAAGAUUGAUAGCUGGAAGACGGUUCAAGGGAUCAUUCGACGGGAUGACUUCAUCGCCAACAUUGUUCAUUUCGACACUGCCCGGCAGAUGACCAAGGCGUUGCGCGACAAGAUGGAGCGCGAGUUCAUGAAUAAACCCGCGUACAAUUUCGAGCGUGUCAAUCAGGCUAGUAAAGCUUGUGGGCCUUUGGUGAAAUGGGCAAUUGCGCAAGUUCGAUAUUCGGAAAUCAUCGACAUGGUGGAGCCGCUGCAAAAUCAGCUGGAGGAGCUGUCAGAGGAGGCCAAUCAACUGCGUCUCCGUGAGACACAGCUGCACAGCAUGAUCUCGGAUCUCGAAGCGAGCAUCGCCCAGUAUAAGGUGGACUAUGCUGCGCUUGUGGGCGAAGUGCAAUCCAUCAAAGCUGAACUGGAACGCGUCCAAUCGAAAGUCGAGAGGAGUAUGACUCUUCUGGGGAGUUUGUCCUCAGAGCGCGAACGCUGGGAGGCAGAAAGUCGUACGUUCGACAUCGAGAUGGGAACCAUCGUUGGCGAUGUGCUUCUCUGUGCCGCAUUCCUGGCUUAUGGAGGUUUCUUCGACCAGCAUUAUCGCGAAACUAUGUGGCAAGAAUGGGGUUUCCAUCUGACAGAGGCCGGUAUCCAGUUCAAGACUAAUUUGUCUCUGACGGAAUACUUAUCAACCGCGGCCGAUCGGCUUGGUUGGCAAGCCCAUUCGCUACCGUCGGACAAUCUGUGCUUGGAAAACGCGAUCAUGUUGCGCCGGUUCAACCGAUACCCCCUUAUCAUCGACCCUACUGGGCAGGCCACUACAUUCCUCAUGGAGGAAUAUCGAGAUCGGAAGAUGACUGUCACCAGUUUCCUGGACGACGCAUUCCUGAAAAAUCUAGAGAGUGCCCUGCGUUUCGGAAAUCCACUUCUCAUUCAGGACGUCGAACACUUGGAUCCUAUUCUCAACGCAGUCCUCAACAAAGAACUUCGUCGUACAGGCGGCCGUGUUCUGAUACGUCUCGGAAACCAAGAUAUUGACUUCUCCCCGGCGUUCACCAUGUUCCUCUCGACGAGAGAUCCGUCGGUUGAGUUUUCACCUGACAUAUGCAGUCGGGUCACUUUCGUGAACUUCACUAUGACUCGCAGCAGCUUGCAAAGCCAGUCUCUCGAGCAAGUUUUAAAGGCCGAACGUCCCGAAACUGAUCAAAGGCGUAAAGAUCUCAUGAAGAUUCAGGGCGAAUUCCGUUUGCGACUGCGAGCUCUGGAGAAACUCUUGUUACAAGCUUUGAACGAGUCUACUGGCAACAUCCUCGAUGAUGACAAAGUUAUUUUCACGCUGGAGAACCUGAAGAAAGAAGCUGGCGAGAUCAUGAAGAAGUCUGCAGACACAGAAAUCGUCAUGGCACAAGUCGAGCAAGUCACCUCUGAGUACUUGCCCCUUGCCCAAGCCUGUAGCUCAAUCUUCUUCGUCUUGGAACAACUCAGUGUUGUUCAUCACUUCUAUCAGUUCUCACUACGUUUCUUCCUGGAUAUCUUUGACUACGUCUUGCUGCAUAACCCUAACUUGGCCGGAGUCAAAGAGUCAUCGACGCGCCUACAGAUCCUAAUCAACGACCUCUUCAUGAACACAUUCAAAAGAACAUCCCGUGCGCUGCUACACAAGGAUCAGGCAGUGCUAGCGGUAUUGUUGGCCCAAAUUCAGAUGAAAGGAGUUGGGGAGAAUGAGCUACUUGACGAACUGGAGCUCUUUAUCGAAAGCAGCGAUAUCAAUGUCACCAUCAAUAUCGAGACGUCUGACGAAAAACCAGCAAGUCUAUCUGUCGAUCAAUGGAACCGUUUGAAAGCGUAUUCAGCAAAAUUCAAAUUCUUCCGGUACCUGAAAGACCAUAUCAUCCAUCAUGACGAUGUAUGGCAGCAGUUCAGAAUAUCAGCCGCCCCAGAACUAGCCGUGCCAUGGAUAUGGGAAGAAGAAGAGAGACCACUCACAAAGGUGGUGCGGAAUCUGCUGCUUCUGAAAUGCUUGAGGCCGGAUCGUCUCCUGCAAGCGACAUCCCAUUUCGUCAACGCUGUUUUCCAUACUGAUUUAGCAGACGAGAGCGCGUACAAUCUCAAAGCGGUUGUAUCCGAUGAAGUGCUCGCUGUAAACCCCGUCGCCGUGGUGUCUGUUCCUGGUUACGAUGCUAGCUACCGAGUGGAAGACUUGGCUCGCGAUAACAAUGCAAAAUUAUCAUCUGUCGCUAUGGGGUCUCAGGAGGGAUUCUCUUUGGCAGAUCAAGCUAUAUCUGCGGCUGUACGACAAGGGGCCUGGGUCCUGUUGAAGAACGUGCAUCUCGCUGCUUCGUACCUUAGCCAAUUGGAGAAGCGCUUACAGAGCUUGAACCCGGCGAAGAGCUUCCGACUUUUCCUCACCAUGGAGGCGAACCUAUCUAUCCCUGUCAACAUCCUUCGUCAGUCACGUAUUCUCAUGAACGAGCCUGCCCCGGGUGUGAAGGCGAACUUGCUUGAAUCUCUUCAAAGCAUAUCACAACAUCGGCUGUCACAAGGACCGACCGAAAAGAUACGGUUGUACUUCCUUGUUGCUUGGUUCCACGCUGUAGUGCAAGAACGCCUACGUUAUGUACCGCUGGGGUGGAGCAAAACGUACGAUUUCAACAAUUCCGACCUCGAAGCGGCUUUCCGUACGAUUGACGGCUGGUUAUUGUCUGCUGCCAAGGGAAGGGCCAACAUGGAUCCAGCGACUAUUCCUUGGCCAGCAAUUCGAACGCUACUGAAGCAGUCCGUCUAUGGUGGGCGCAUAGAUAGCGACUUCGACCAGCAAAUCCUAGAUGCAUUCAUUGACGCGCUUUUCACCCCAGCAGCGUACAAUGUGGACUUUGAUCUUGUUCCGGUAAUUCAGAGCGAGCAGGCACUGCAGCCGCCAGAUGGUGCGAAGAUGAAUCAUUUCAUGGAGUGGGUCCACAGACUUCCAGAUAUUGAGCCACCCGCUUGGCUCAGUCUUCCUCCGAAUGCUGAGAAGCUAAUUGCCAUCACGGAGGGUGAGGCUUUGCUUGGAAAACUUCGCAAAAUGAGGACAAUUGCCGAUGACGAUGACGAAGCUGUGGCAGUACCAGGUCCUUCUGGGACAAACGACACACAACCAGGUUGGAUGCGCGCACUGCUCCAGCACUGUCAAGACUGGCUGUCUUCUCUACCAGAGACACUUGCUUCAUCCACGCAACGGGCAGAUGAAGCAGAUCCGUUAAAACGGCUCUUUUCUCGAGAAACUCGGGUCGGAAGCAGCCUUUUGCGGCAAGUUCGCCGAGACCUCGCCGACAUAAUUCUGGUUUGUAAAGGAGAAUUGAAGCAGACUAACCAUCUGCGAUCCUUGCUUUCUCAUUUAACUAAAGGUACGAUACCAUCGACAUGGAUGAGAUACAAAGUUCCCCGAGGAAUGUCGACUAGCCAGUGGAUCACAAAUUUCUCACAACGACUAGCUCAGCUCCAGGAGAUUGGCAGUCUGAACGAUUUCACCGGUGUCCAGGUUUGGCUAGGUGGCCUGUUUUACCCCGAGGCAUACGUUACCGUUACUCGUCAAGCCGUUGCCCACCGAAACAGUUGGAGUUUGGAAACCCUCUCUCUGUGCUUAGACUUGGAAGAGGGUGGAAGCGGUGGUUUUGUAGUUGAAGGGCUUGUGCUCGAAGGUGCCAAUUGGCACGAUGACACGCUGCGCCUGAACGAUGGUGACGCGGUUCGGCUUAAGCCCUCUCGAGUACGGUGGGUCAAGGUCGAUCCUGGUUCUGCCAACACCGUCAAGGCAAAUGCUGUCACUCUCCCUGUCUACCUCAAUGGUGAUCGCAACGACGUUCUAUUUACUGUUGAUCUGCCAUUUGAGGGGUGCGACAAGGGAUGGAUUGCGCAGCGGGCUAUUUGUUUGAUCGCCAGCGGAUCAAUCCAAUAAUGGAAUAUUUUUCUUAGUCUGUUACGGACCUAUGUCAUUCAUUAUUCACCGUUUCGUUUCGUCGUCAGGACGAAAACUUGGGUAUCAAUAUUUUGGUUUGCUAGGCUAUUUGGUAUUGUUACAGGUUGGGUUGAGAGGUGCAGACUAAAAAUGGCUAAAACCCCAAAUGAAAGCUGUCAAUCGCAGCGUGGUGCUUGCUGAUGGAACAGAACCACAAGUCCACAAAGAACAUCACGCCGAUCCCGUGCCACCACGCCUCCAAGUCGUCCACAAAGACGGCAAUGGUCCCUCUCCUUCAAAGACGUCGUCUGAGGCAGUCUCGGAAAAUAUCCUCGGCUCCCAGGCGUCUGGCAUACUGUCCCACGGUCCAACACCACCUACGGCCCCAUCCAACACCUGCACUCGGUGGCUCCGCAGAGCCCGCAGCACCAAGCUGAACCCGUAACGGCUCUUUUCCACAUUCUGCCUGAACCGGCUCAAGCCAAACUUCUCGAUCCUAUUCUGCAGCAAUCGGGAGAAGUUGGAAUUGAUCGUUGCGGUUGUUUCAUGCAGGGUAUGGGUAGGGUCGUCCGGAUGUGGACGUAGAUAGGCGUAUUCCACGACCUUCAUAAUCUUGACAUGGUCGAGGUUGCGGGUGCGAACCUGGGUUUCGCCUUUGAUAGGAUCAACUUCGCUCUCCUCGAUGACCCAGGUCUCAGUGCGUGAACCGAGUAAGCCCUUGGGUGCCCAUCGUGGUAGGUGACCCCGUUUCAGGAUGAGGCGAGUAGUGAUGAGGGUGCCACGAUCGCUGAAGACACGGUCGAUGACGUCGACUGAUGCGAUAUGGGAGGCGAAGGGAUUGGGGUAGCGAAGGAAGAAAGCGAGUGUUACGGUCGAGAAUGGUUCAUCGUAUGCAUGACUAUGGCGGAAGAAUUUCAUUCUUCACUGCACGAGAUCAGGUGCCAGAAAUAAGAUAAAGGUGACAGAGAUAGAUGAAGAGAAGGUAGUCGCCCGACCAA